AACACAGCUGAAAGUCCCAUUAUGUUUGCAGCUAUAGAAGACCAGCCACAUAUUUACAGUCGGUUACAACUGGAUGUUUCUGAAUGGUUUGAAACUAAUAACCCCAAUCCCCUUCAAUGGCAACGAGGCACUGAUCACCCUCCAUACAGAGGAGUUUACACCGCGAUCAGCGCAACGACACGCUCUCUCCAUCUCAGAAGGGCGCAGACACCAGCAUCAUCCACUGCCCCAACACAUUUCAAACCUUUCCUCCCGUACAACACGAGCAACAGAAGGCUGCGUGAGAACAGUCUCACUAAUAAACAUGCAAGGAUUAUGAAGUACAACUUUUCACACCUGUACAACCAUGUUCAGAUAAACAGAAGCACCUGAAGAGCCUUCAGAAAUACUCAGCCGCACUGUGGACUCGUGGAUUACACCAUACCAGCAAAGAAUAGAUCCAUAGAUUCAGAGAGAAGCCCGGCAGAGUCCUGACCACCGGAUAUUCAGCCUGAUUCAGCUGAUUCAGCUUGACCUUUUUUAUGUUUUUUAUGUAUACAAUUUUUUUAAUAUUUUUUUUACAUAUUACUCUGUCUAGCCCGUUCAAAGGCCUUCCGUGUGUAUCUUCCAUCUUUGCCACUGGACUCUCACACUGCCUUCACAAGGGCAAUGCCAAUCUUGUUAAAUGCCGACGCUUCCUUUAGUUCCAAGCAGGAGCUCCUGGACCAACAGGACUGCCCUUUCAGCGGGGGUCCCUCUCUGGACACCCCCAGUCCAUUGGAUUCCCAGACAGGCAGCCCCAUAGGCUCAGGCCCCAGCAGCCCCAGAGCUGAUGGUCCAAUCCGGCCCGAUAUUUUUACUGGGGUUUCUACAGACCCCGGGCAGCUAUAUGGGGUGGAAGCCAAACCAUAUGCAGAGACUCCCAUGGGAUUAAAGCCUAACUCCACUGACGUGGAUCAGCUGUGUGGCUGGGGGUCUCUGACACCCAAAGCUAUUCAAGUUUUCAACACCUCUCGUUGGGUCCUGAUUUUCCUCUGUGCUGCAAGUUUCCUCCAGGGGAUGAUAGUCAACGGCUUUAUUAACACAGUGAUCACAACAAUUGAGAAGAGAUUUGACAUGCACAGCUACCAGUCUGGCCUCAUCGCCAGCUCCUACGACAUUGCUGCAUGCAUUUGUCUGGCCUUCGUCAGUUACUUUGGUGGGACGGGGCACAAGCCUCGCUGGCUGGGAUGGGGGGUGCUGAUCAUGGCACUGGGUUCCCUGGUGUUUUCCCUACCUCACUUCACUACACCUCCCUACGAGGUCAGUGUGCUCGAACAAGCAGGAAUGUGUUCUGCCAACCGUACCAGCCCUUGCCAGGACAAGCAGGGGGGAGGAUUGUCCAAUUACCGGUUUGUGUUCAUGCUAAGCCAGUUUCUACACGGAGUGGGAGCUACACCUCUCUACACGUUAGGGGUCACAUACCUGGAUGAGAACGUCCACUCCAACUAUGCACCUGUGUAUAUAGGAAUCUUUUACACUGCGGGCAUCUUGGGUCCUGCUGCGGGCUAUCUGCUGGGAGGUUACUUCCUGAAUAUCUACGAAGAGAUCCAUCUAUUGACUGAGAUGACUCCAGAAAACCCUCUGUGGGUCGGGGCUUGGUGGAUCGGCUUCCUUGCAGGAGGAGCAGCAGGUGUACUGGUAGCUUUCCCUAUCCUAGGCUACCCACGUCAGCUACCAGGCGCUCAGGAGUACAUGGCAAUGCGGGUGUCUGAGGCCCACCAGCUUAAGGACGGAAGCAACAACACAGCAUCAGACCCUCAGUUUGGCAAAUCAGUCAAAGACAUGCCAAGAUCGGUGCUGCUGCUCUUAAAGAAUCCAACUUUCCUGUUUCUUUGCUUGGCUGGAGCCACUGAGGCCAUCAUCAUCACUGGCAUGUCCACCUUUAGUCCAAAGUUCUUGGAGUCUCAGCUCAGUCUCAGUGCAUCAGAGGCUGCUACAUUGUUUGGAUACAUGGUGGUACCAGCAGGAGGUGGUGGCACCUUCCUGGGCGGCUACAUCGUGAAAAGGCUGAAGCUGCGUUGUAGAGGUAUCAUUCACUUCUGUAUUAUGUGCACAGUGACCAGCCUGCUCACCGUCUUCGUCUUUCUCAUCCACUGCCCAAACGUGCCGAUGGCUGGUGUCACUGCACCGUACCAUUUUGGUCUCAUGGAGCAACACCAACUGGACCAGUACGAACACCUGUAUGACAAACCCAGCAACCUGCACCAUAGGAACAGCUCUUCUACCGAGGAGGACCUGACGGUGGGCUGUAAUGCAGACUGUGGCUGUGUCAGAGAGCUGUAUGACCCUGUGUGUGGGGCAGACGGUGUGAUGUAUUACUCCCCUUGCCACGCUGGCUGCAGCUCCAUCAACCACACCCAACACUCCACUGGCAGACAGGUGUAUUCUGGAUGUAGCUGUGUGGUGGGGAACGCGUCCUGGGGCAAGGCAGGCUCUGCUCUGGCAGGGAAGUGUGGCAGCUCCUGCCACUACAUGCCGGUUCUCCUGUCCUUCAUUUUCCUCAUUAUCUUCUUUACGUUCCUCUGUAGCAUCCCAGCGCUCACCGCAACACUCAGGUGUGUACCAGACAGCCAGAGAUCCUUUGCACUUGGCAUCCAGUGGAUUCUUAUGCGUGUAUUUGGGAGUAUUCCAGGACCCAUAGCAUUUGGCUCAGUGAUUGACAUCUCCUGCUUACUGUGGCAGGAUCAGUGCGGUGAGCGGGGCUCCUGCUACAUCUAUCAGAACUCAGCCAUGAGCCUGUACAUACUGGGAGCUGGUAUUGGCUGUAAGGUUUUGGGGACAAUCGUCUUUGUGUUAGCCAGCGUCCUGUACAAGGCUCCUACUGAGUCGCCUCAAAGCAGCUGUGAGAGCACCUACCACAGAGCAGCAGACACGAGCGAGCAGCCAAUCAAAGACCUGCCUGAAGACGCGGUCAUCGUCAACCUGCACACCAGGUUAUGAUGUUGGACGAGCCUUAACCACUGAGUUGCAAUUGUGUGUGCUUUUGUUGGUCUGUGUAUUCAUACUUUUAUCUUUGUGAGGAAUGAUUUGACCAUAGGAACUUACAGGACAUUUUAGGGAAGUGAGGAUGUUUUGGAUGAUUGUCAAAGCAUUGGGUUGUUUGACGGUUAAGACUUGGUUUUAGAUGUAGAAUUAGAGUAAGUGUCAGGAUUGGGGUUAGGAAUUUAGUUGUGAUGGUUAAGGGUAGGCCAAGGGCUAGAGACUUUCUGAUGUGAAUGCAUGUCCUCACAAGGACAUAAGUGUUAGUGUGUUGCUACAUAAGCACACAACGACAUUUUGCCAAUGUAGCCUUUGUUUGUGUGUGUGUGUGUGUGUGUGUGUGUGUGUGUGUGUUUGUGUGUGUGUUUGUGUGUUGGUGCUGCUUAAUGCAAAGUGUGUGGAUGUGUGUGUCAGCGGUCAUGGGGUGCUUCAUUUACACCAAUAGCCUUUUCUCAGCCAUAAUGACACUAACCCCAACAUGCACACACAUGUAAUCACACAAAUGGACAAAAAACAGACACACAAACCACAAACAGCUUCAGAAUGUGUUUGUGCUAACACAGACACACAAACACACACUCACACACCUUAACCAUCACAACUUAAUGCCUAAAUCACUACCAUAUCCUAAACCUGAUCCAAAUUCAAACUCUCACCCUAAAACCAAGUCUAAACGUUUACACACCCCAUUGAAAGUAGGUCAGAGAGUGAGGACCAGACAAAAUGUCAGGUUCUAGGCUCAAAAUGUUCGUCAAAAAGAUAUCUGUACACACGGACAGCUUUAUGCAGCUAACUUGACUUGCAUUGAAUUAAAUUCAUUCGUUAGCCCUAACCAAAACCUUAACCAGGACAUGUGAAAAGGUUUUGCCUUUUUGUCCCUAUGAGGUCUACUGUUCCCGUUUAUGUUGGUGAGUGAUUAUACACACAGAGACGCUACUUCAAUGAUUUCCAACAGGCCUCUUCCUUGGAACAAAAGUCUGCUGUGACUGCAUGUGUGUGCAUGUGUGUGUAUCUGACUGUUCGGAGCAGUGCCACACAAUUUGUCAUGUCCUAGGAAGCAUUUCCACACACACACACUCACCGGCCACUUUAUUAGGCACACCUGUUCAAUUGCUUGUUCAUAAAAUAAAUAAAAUGGGGGGGGGGGGG